AAAACCCUAAAAAUACAAUAAAACAAAAAGAUAAAGAAGAGAAUAAGAGAGCAAAGUUCAUCAAAAGCUUCCUCUCCAUACCUUUAAUUCUCUUCUUCCUUUUCUCUUUUACCUUCGUCUCUGCUUACGAUUCUCCGAACGCAUCGAAUUCCGCUUUAUAAAAGGAUAAAAGAUCAGUCCUUCCAUGGAUUUCUCCUCUCUUCCACUCUUUUUAGAUCCUCCUCCCAAUUGCCUUCAGCCAUCAAAUCAUGUCGGUGGCGGUGGAGUUAGCUCGAUUCGACGCGGUUCCAUGGCCGACCGAGCUCGGUUGGCUAACGUACCUCUACCGGAGAUGGCGCUCAAGUGUCCUAGAUGUGAUUCAACCAACACCAAAUUUUGUUACUUUAAUAACUAUAGUCUCUCUCAACCGCGCCAUUUCUGUAAGGCUUGUCGCCGAUAUUGGACUCGUGGUGGUGCGCUUCGGAACGUUCCGGUUGGAGGCGGUUGUCGUCGGAAUAAGAAGAUUAAAACUCGACGCUCGAAGUCUCCGAUAGCUCGUAAUGAAACUCAGCUGAAUGUUAUUGGUGAUUUACAGCCUCAAAAUCCUCCCCUUUCAUUCAUGGCUUCAUUCAACAAUUUUCCUCAAUAUGGAACAAUGAAUUUAGGGUUGAAUUUCAAUGAUAUUGGAAACGAUGCUCUUCAGAAUCAUCAAUGGCGCAGUGUCAUGAACUGUCCUAUCUCAGGUGGCUUAGAAACCCCAACGGGAUGGUACCCAACAAAUUCAAUCCCAACACCAAAUUCAAGAGCGACCCAGUUGCCUUUAGGGAAGAUUGAAGAUAACCCAAGUGCUGAAUUUGGUGAAAUCCUCAAAUUUGGGUAUCAAUAAUUGUGAUAAGCAAUGGAAAUGGGUGCACAGAUCUUUCAGCUGCUAUCAGUUCUUCUUCAAGUGGCGCCUCCCACGGCUUUGUUGUAAGUUUCAUUGAUAUAUAUC